AUAUAAAUGGUUUGUUUACAAACCAUGUGCAACAAACCUCGAGACAUGAAUACCGGCUGCAGGACGUGGUUCGCGUACGGAAAUGCGCUGAUCUAGCAUCGUCUUGCUGCUUUCAUCAGUAACCGCAAGUCAUGAGCAACAUUUACAUUCAAGAACCGCCAACGAGCGGAAAGGUGCUACUCAAGACCACAGUGGGCGACAUCGACGUGGAGCUGUGGUCGAAGGAGACGCCCAAAGCGUGCCGCAACUUCGUCCAGCUGUGCCUCGACGGCUACUACAAUGGCACCAUCUUUCACAGAGUGGUCAAGGGGUUCAUCGCCCAAGGUGGGGACCCCACAGGCACCGGCGAGGGCGGAGAGUCUAUCUAUGGAGCCCCUUUCAAGGACGAGUUCCACACGCGCCUGCGGUUUGUGCGAAGGGGUCUGGUGGCCAUGGCUUCUGGGGGAGCAGAUGACAACGGCAGUCAGUUCUUCUUUACCCUUGGUGCGACGCCUGACCUCCAGAACAAGCACACCGUCUUUGGGAAGGUUGCUGGUAACACCCUGUACAACAUGCUACGGCUGGAGGAGGGCCUUGUGGACUCGAACGAUCGCCCCCUGCACCCGCACAAGAUCAUCUCCACAGAGGUGCUGGUCAACCCGUUUGAGGACCUCGUCGCUCGAGAAAAGGAGAGGGUCCGCGUGGCGGACGAAGAGCGCGCCGCCAAAGAGAAACUCAAGUCAAACGCUUCAGCCGCCGCUGCCGCAAAAAAUUACAAACUGCUCUCUUUCGGCGAGGAGGCGGAAGAAGAUGAGAUGGAGCUGGACGCCGCUUCCAAGGACCAGAAGGGCAAGAGCAAAAGCAGUCAUGACCUGACGGACGACCCGGGACUGAGUUCAGUUCCGGUCGUGGACCCCGAGUACUCCACGGCGGCGUCCGACGACGACGACGACACCACUGGCGCUGUCGCCGCCGCCACCGCAGCGGCCGCCGCCAGGGUGCGCCAAAAGUUCAAGGACGGCGUCACAGUGACGUCCAAACCGAAGCGACCCAAGGAAGACGACGAGGUCGAGGAAGAGGAAGUGAGGAACUAUUUUGAGGACGAGCGGCGGAAGGCGUCUGCCAAGAAAAUCGGAGAGAUUCGAAAGGAGUUCCGGCAACUCAAGCGGGAGAUGCGGGCACAGGAAGAGGCUCGCCAGGAAAAGGCUGCUGAAGGAGAUGGGCAAGAAGACGAGAACAGCGAGACGGAGGAAGAGCGGAGGAACGCGCUGUUCAAGGCAUAUCGGGAUGAGCAGCGGCUCUAUACGGAGAAGAAGAAAACGCAGCUGAAGAAAGGAUCGCAGAGGGAACAGCAGACGUUGGCGGCCCUAGCCAAGUUCCAAGCAAAGCUGAAGGAGGUCCAGGAACGGGAACCUGCAAGUCCGGAAAAGGAGGGGGAAGAGGAGGAGGGCUCCGACCGGUGGUUGGCACACGCGUUGCACUUUGAGGAGCAAGGUCCGGUGCUGGCCCGAGAUGCGGCCAACGUCAACCCCGAGGAAGCAUACGACAUCAGCGAUCCAAGGAACGCCAUGAACCAGAGGCGCAGGGACCGCAAGCGAAAGAGUCACCACUCUGAGCGGCGGCAUUAAACUUACUCUUUUCAUUCUCUC